AUGGUAUUUGAGGACUGCAAAUUCAUUAGCUUAUCAAGCACAGUUGUCAAUGCAUUAGACAGCUCAAACAACAUCGAGAGCCACUUUGGCAAGGACGGCCUAAAGCUUGUACGUGAGUAUGAGCAAACAGCACGCAAGAUGGCAGACUACAGGAACCAUCUGAGAUUCAGCCUCAGAUGUAGACAGAGCGGGAUCACUCCUAAAAGUAUACAGAUGAAAUCGUCAGUAAAAGGCCUGCGAGCUAACAAAAUCCUCCAGAAGGCACAGAGUCAGCUGCUAAAUGAAUGGGUGAGACAAACUAACUUCACUAUUGAUGUUUUAAAAUCCAAAGAGGAGCAGAUCCACCAAAGACUUUCUUCACUUCUAGAUGAGAAAACACUUCAGCAGGUGCUUGAGUUCACCGAGAAGGCUCGUCUAGCACAGCAUGAAAAGUCUAAAACCAGGCAAAAGAGGAAGUUUGAUCUACUUGCUGUGCGCCACAAACACCAGCACACUAUGGGGCGUGUCCUCCACAACCAGCAGAGAGAAGGAUGCCAGACAGAAACUAAAGAUGUGGACAAAUGGGUGAAGAACUUGUCUGACAAACAACUCACCCAAGCAGAGAAAAACGUCCUUUCUAAAGGGUUAAUUUUUGCGGUCACACCGAAACAAAUCCCGCUAGUGGAACUGAUUACAGCCACAGAAUCUGCUAUCAGAAACAACAACAUUGCUGAUUUGGAAGCAGAACAACUGUGGAUAAAAGUUUCGGCAUGUCUCAGCAAUGCAAAACCCCCUGCAUCCAAUAUCAGCAUUGAGGAGAGGAAGGCCCUCACGGCACUCAGCAAGGACAACAACAUCAUCAUCCUUCCAGCGGACAAGGGGAGAUGCACAGUUGUGCUAAACCAGACAGACUACCAUGAGAAAAUUUUAUCUCUGCUCAGUGACAAAAAUACUUAUGAGCCCUUAAAGCGAGAUCCAGGUAGUGGUUACAAGAAAAAGGUGAUAGAUUGUCUUAAGCAGUUAGUUCAGGACAAUGCUAUUGACCGGCCCACAUACCACAGAUUAUACCCAGGGGAAUCUACACCAAGCCUGUGUGGUCUACCAAAAAUACACAAACAGGGUGCUCCUUUAAGACCCAUUGUCUGCAUGAUCAAUUCAGUCACGUAUAACAUCUCCAAGUUCCUGGCCACUGCUCUUAACCCGGUGGUAGGCAGCUCAAAACACCACAUUCAGAACACAUUGGAUUUCGUGGAGAAAGUGAGAGAGGUCAUUAUGGAGGCAGAAGAAACCUUGGUCUCAUUUGAUGUUACAUCUCUAUUCACUUGUGUCCCAGUGACUGAAGCAGUGGAGGUAGUACGUAAGAGAUUACAGAAUGACCCCACUCUCAGUAAAAGAACCUCUCUCAACGCAGACCAAGUGUGCCUGCUUUUGGAACUGUGUCUUCAAUCAACAUAUUUCAUAUACAAAAGCCAGUACUACAGGCAAAAGCACGGGUGUGCCAUGGGUUCCCCUGUUUCACCUAUAGUAGCCAAUCUAUAUAUGGAAGAAGUGGAAAAGAGGGCUCUAUCAUCCUAUCCUGGAACACCACCGAGCCAUUGGUUCAGAUAUGUGGAUGACACCUGGGUGAAAAUCAGAUCUCAGGAGGUACCACAGUUCACAGACCACAUCAACGGGGUGGACAAACACAUCAAGUUCACCAGAGUGGAUAUGAAAAAUAACAAGCUAGCCUUCUUAGACUGUGAAAUUUCCAUCGUCAACGGGGGACAUUUGAAAGUGGAUGUGUACUGUAAACCCACACAUACGGACCAGUAUCUAAGGUUUGACUCUCACCAUCCACUAGAGCACAAACUAGGUGUCAUUAGGACUCUACAACACAGAGCUAACACCAUUCCCACAGACUCAGAGGCCAGGGAAGCAGAAGAACACCACGUCAAAAAGGCCCUGAGUAAAUGUGGAUAUCCCAGCUGGUCCUUUGUCAAAGCAGGGAGGACACCUAAAGAACGCUCCAAGCGGAAAACCUUAGUGAUCCCGUAUGUGUCAGGAGUAUCGGAACAGCUGAGGCGCAUUUUCUCGAAACACCAGGUCUCGGUGGCUUUCAAACCCCAAAACACGGUACGCCAAAGAUUGGUCCAUCCCAAGGAUCGGGUCCCACGGCACAAACAGAGUAACAUAGUUUACGCAGUUAAGUGCCAGGAGGAGUGCCGUGAAUUGUACAUCGGGGAAACCAAGCAGCCACUGGCUAAGCGCAUGUCACAACACAGAAGAGCUUCCUCGUCAGGCCAGGACUCUGCAGUCUAUUUACAUCUACAGGAUAGUGGUCACUCCUUUAAAGAUGAAGAGGUGCACAUCCUGGACAGGGAGGAGCGCUGGUUUGAGAGAGGAAUCAAGGAGGCCAUUUACGUGAAAAAGGAACGACCAUCUCUGAACAGAGGAGGGGGCCUAAGAGUACAUCUGUCGCCAUCUUACAAUGCUCUGUGCUCAUUCUCCAACAGCAAUGUGGUAACUCCGCAGCAUCAGCUUCCAACCACACUCAGCAACCAUCUGAACAUUCGAAUGCAUCCUGCUGUUCGGUGCACAAUUCUGUUCAGCUUCCUUCACAUAAUGUUUAAUGGCUGCCCUCAUGCUAUCAUGUGCAGUAUGUUUGCCUAUCAGGCACAUAUAGCUGUGGAGGAUACUAUCAUCUGCAUGCUCCACAGAGACCACUUAGACAAAGCUGGUACCAAAACAAGGAUAAUGUUCUUUGACUUUUCCAGUGCUUUUAACAGCAUUCUACCUCAUCAACUGGGAAAAAAGCUCAAGGCUUUGAAUCUUGACGCUCCCACAACUUCCUGGAUCAUGGACUACCUGACCAACAGACAGCAGUUUGUAAAGUGCAGUGGGAGGGAAUCUGAGGUUGGGAGGACAGGAGAUCAAAACUGCCAAAAUAACACAGAUAAAAACAGGAUUAUGGUUCAUACUCAGACUAUCCCUAUUGAAAGUACGGCUAGCCAUGACAUGUUUGUGCACACAGAUGCAGCCAUUGACAGGAUUACUGCGUUAUUUUGCAGGAUGCUACCUGCAGCAGACUGCUCAAGAUCAUACAAUUUCAAGAAUUUUCAGGAAUAUCUCCGCACUACCUUUAAAAACUAUCAGGCAACAGUGGAAGCCUGA